CUGUGAUACAUAGACAAUCAGAAGAAGAGCUAGACGUGGCUGCCAAGCUAUAACGUGUGACGUGUGUAACGCAUUAAAAUAAAAGAAUCGGCCUAGACGCUCAGUAACAACUGGUUAAGACGCCUACAAACACACCCACUCACACAUACACGCAUAAUGGCUUUGCCAUUGAGCGAUCUGCUGCUGCUUGGCAGCGGUGAAAAGAAAUUGGCUGCCUGCGUCCUGCUGCUGCUUGUGGAGCUCUUCAUGGAAGGCGCUGAUGCGGCAUCGGCGAGUCAGGCGGACAUCGACAACCAUCUGGAGCUAGGCAAAGACUUUCUGGCUCGCGGACAGCUUUCGGAUGCACUGACGCAUUAUCAUGCAGCUGUGGAGGGCGAUCCCAAUAAUUAUUUGACGCUCUUCAAGCGUGGCACCGUUUACCUUGCAUUGGGUAAGACACGAUUUGCCAUUCAGGACUUCAGCCGAGUGCUGGAGCUUAAACCGGACUUUACAGCAGCGCGUAGUCAGCGUGGUAUUGUGCACAUGAAGAGCGGAGACUAUGAUCACGCACUACAGGACUUUGAGCUUGUACUGCGGGAGGAACCGCAAAAUAGUCUUGUGCUUGAGCAUUAUGCAAGAGUGCGGCCAGCCAAGGAACAGUGGGAGCUGGUGCAGCGUCUGCUUAACAAUAAUGAUGAACAGAAUGCCAUAGGCAUGAUAACACAGUUGCUAGAGAUCUCACCCUGGUCAGUGACCUUUAGACAGGCCCGUUCUGACGCCUAUUUAAAGACAAAUGAUCCACUCUCGGCUAUUGCGGAUUUACGACAGGUUAAUCGAUUGUCGCAGGACAGCACGGAGGGACAUUAUAAUAUAGCACAGCUCUUAUAUAAUAUUGGACAUGCUACUAAUGCGCUAAAGGAGAUUCGCGAAUGCCUCAAGUUCGAUCCCGAGCACAAACUCUGCUUUCCAUUCUACAAGAAACUGCGCAAAGUAGAGAAACAGCUGGUGACAGCAGAGACCGCACGAGAGGAAAAACGGGCACCCGAGUGCAUAGUUGCUGCCGAAGCGGUCCUCAAACACGAGCCCGAGGAGACGAUGAUACGAUAUGAAGCGCACAAGCUGCUCUGCUCCUGCUACACCACAGACGAACAGUACGGCAAAGCGUUGUCGCACUGCAAGCAUGCGCUGGACAUUAUGAAAGAUGCACAGCUGUAUUGUGAUCGUGCCGAGGCCCUGAUGGGCAGUGAGAUGUAUGAUGAUGCCAUACACGACUAUCAGUCGGCGUUGGAAAUCGAUGAGAAUAAUUCACGGGCCAAGGAGGGCAUCCAGAAGGCCAAGAAACUGCAAAAGCAGGCGGAACGUCGAGAUUAUUACAAAAUUCUUGGCGUGAAACGCAAUGCCAGCAAACAGGAGAUUGUAAAGGCUUAUCGUAAGGCGGCACAGAAAUGGCAUCCGGACAAUUUCAAGGAUGAGGAGAAGAAGCUGGCAGAGAAGAAGUUCAUUGAUAUUGCAGCGGCCAAGGAAGUACUCACAGAUCCAGAGAAGCGUCGUCAGUUCGAUAACGGCGAAGACCCCCUGGACCCGGAGAGCAAUCAACAUGGUUUCCGAGGCGCAGAUCCAUUUGCACACUUCCAGCACGGUUCGCCGUUCCAGUUUAAGUUCCAUUUUAAUUAAACAGAGCUUAAAAAGAGCCAUUGUUGAGCCAGGGA